AUGUCAACACCCAGCCUCCGAACCGGAACACGCUCGCUCCGCCUUCGCAGCAUCCGAACGAACCCGCGCAGCACAAAUACAUUAGCAUUAGGAAGCACAGUCGCAGCGCCACGCAUUUCAAUCCACGCUCAAUCAAGAAACCUCACCAGAAACACUUCACCUGGGACUCAGGCUCAGCAGGCUAGGAGCGCUGCCGCGUCACUGAGCGCGAACACUCUCCGCGCACGCGUGUCCCAAAUCCGCACAUACGCCUCUUCCAGUAACGCAACUGCAGACAAUCUGAUCGAAGAACUCCAAGACCUCUACGAAAUUGCCAAAGACGAGUUUGAAAUCGCAACUGAUUCGACGGACGGGUCGACCAUCUAUGCAGCCUCGGAUCGGGAGUCUGCGCGCGACGCGCUGAAUCAACUCGUUACUGUUUAUGAAGCUUAUACCGGGGCCAAGGUUGGGAGGACACAUGCUGAUGGGGAGGGUGAUGCGGGGGAGAAAGGGACUGAGGCGCCUGUUGUCGAGACGAAUUUUGAUCCGGCGGGGGUUAGUGAGGAGGUGAGGGGGGGAAGUUAA